AUGGAUGGACAAAAACAACCAAUUUGGCUAUCGCCCGAUUCUGGCCAACGACGAAGAAAUGGAAGUUCUGACGGGCAUUGUUUUAUUGAAAAUUUCAUCGAACUUUUGCUAAUAUUUGAUACAAGUGCAAACGUGAAGAUUCUUGAUUAUCGGAUGAUGAAAGAAUCGAUUAAGGGAUUUCUUCUUGAUCAUUUUGAUUUGCGACCGAAUCUUGGGGUCAGAGUAGGACUCUUAAAAUAUGGUGAUAGUGUUGAAGUUCCUGUUGCUUUGGGCGACUAUGACAGUGAAGCCGAAUUAUUAGCGAGGAUUGGUGAAACUAGAAGAUUGAAAGGUGAACCAAAUCUACCUCUUGCAUUAAGGGAAGCGGCAGGAGAAUUUCAAUUAUCUGGUGCGGGUGAUGCGCUUCGGAUAGUUCUUGUGUGGAAAAGUGGCAAUUCAAGCGAUUCCGAUGGUAUUCAAAUACAAGCGGCAGCUGACACUCUUCGACAGCAAUAUGGAGCUAAAAUUCUGGCUAUAACAGCUGCGGGUCAUUAUAGUAAUGGAGAUCUUGCCUUAACCGGCGCAGAAGAAUUAAUAUUUGCAUUUGAUGGAUGGAGGGAAGCUAAACCUAAACGAUUAGCGGAAGUAGCCGAUAAAAUUUGCGAGGUUUGCUACUCUUUUCAAAAAUAA